UAUCGAAUAUGUUAUGGGGUAGAAUCGGAAUCCGACGAGGAGCAAGGGAUGAUCGGCGGUGUGCGUGAUGAAGUGAAUAUCCGUGAGCUCGCUGACAACAACAUGAAUGAUUAUCGAAUAUGUUAUGGAGUAGAAUCGGAAUCCGACGAGGAGCAAGGGAUGAAUGGCGGUGUGCGUGAUGAAGUGAAUAUCUGUGAGCUCGCUGACAACAAUAUGAAUGGUUUAUUGUGUUUAUUUUCCAACAGCAUAAUCGCUGAGACCUGA